GAGAACGCCUGAGGAACACACACACACAUUGAAUGCUGCGGGGACGACCGUCCCCAGACACUGUAAAUGGGCACAGUAAGGCCGAGGUUGCGUCUAUAUUUGGCAAGGUCAACAAAGUCCCUGGAGACAUCUUACUUGGAGGCGCAGUGGUGCUCUACAAAAAGAUGCAUGAGAUGAAGCAAGCCGGCGCACUUGUGAAGCUUGGUCAACGUGGUUUUAGGACUCCACUGCCAAGUAUUCAUCUGGCGAAUGCCCGUUCCCUUGCCAACAAAACGGACGAACUGCUUCUGCUCACUCAAACAAAUAAGGACUUUUCUAAUUCUGCUGCUCUGUUUCACGGAAACCCGGCUGAGUGAAGCCAGCCUGGACAGCACGAGCUUUCAGCCGGGCUUUCAGCUGUUCAGAGCGGAUCGCAUCACAGAGUUAUCAGGGAAAAUGAGAGACGGUGGAACAUGCUUUUACAUUAACGAAGGUUGGUGUACAGAUGUAACAGUGUUGAAGAAGAUGUGCUGUCCUACUUUAGAGGCUGUAAGCCUUUCUACUCACUGCGAGAGUUUUCCUUUUUCAUUGUGGGGAGUGUUUAUAUCCUGCCACAAGCAUGCGUGAACGCAGCAUUGCAACAGCUGGCUGAUCACAUCACAGACAUGGAGCAACAACACCCAGACUCUCUUAUCAUUAUUCUGGGAGAUUUUAAUAAAACUAACCUCACUCGUGAACUGGCAAAAUACAAACAACACAACACAUGCCCCACCAGAGAAAUAAAUAUACUGGACCACUGCUACACCACUGUAAAGAAUGCAUAUCGCUCUGUCCCACGAGCAGCUUUAGGACUCUCUUAUCACUGUCUGGUUCAUCUUCUCCCAACCUACAAGCAGAAACUAAAAUCAGCUAAGCCUGUAGUAAGGACUGUAAAGAGAUGGACCAAUGAAGCAGAGCUGGAACUACAAGCCUGCUUUGACUGCACUGAUUGUAGUGUUUUUGAGGCUGCAGCCACAGACCUGGACGAGCUUACAGAUACUGUGACAUCAUAUAUCAGUUUCUGUGAGGAUAUGCACAUCCCUACUAGGACAUUUUUAUCAUUCAAUAAUGAUAAACCAUGGUUUACAGGAAAACUCAGACAGCUUCGUCAUGCCAAAGAGGAUGCUUACAGAAGUGGGGAUAAAACAUUGUACAACCAGGCCAGGAACACACUUACUAAGGAAAUCAGAGUGGCUAAAAGAAGCUACUCUGAAAAGCUGAAAAAUCAGUUUUCAGCCAACGAUCCUGCAUGUGUGUGGAAAGGCCUAAAAAAACAUCAAGUACAAGACACCUCCCCCACGCUCUGUAGAGAGUUAUCUAAUAGCUGAUGAACUGAAUGUGUUUUACUGCAGGUUUGAAAAGCCCAGUCUCACACCCCUCCCCUGCUCUGAUCUUCCCUUCACACGCACACCAACACCUCCUGCAACCCUCCUCCUCCCCCCUCCUGCUGCUCAAUCUGCACUUAUGAUUUGUGAGGAGGAUGUGUGCUGGGUCUUUCGGAAACAAAAGACUAGGAAAGCUUCAGGCCCAGAUGGUGUUUCACCUGCCUGUCUGAAAGUCUGCACUGACCAACUGGCCCCCAUCUUCACACAGAUCUUCAAUAGAUUACAUUGUUACAAUGAUUUACAAUGUUGAAUGAUUUACAACUGAU